AAAGACCCACUCCUCAAUGUAAUCAUAUCCUAUGGGAAGAAGACCGAGCUGUUAGCACUCCAACUCAUCAAAAUGAUGCAGCCGGCGAACUUGAUGGCCAAGAAUGAAGUUGGGGACACGGCGCUUCACGUGGCAGCGGCCAUGGAUAGUUUGUCUGUGGCCACUGCGCUCAUCGAUAAAAAUCCGAAUCUGAUAGAAGAGAGAAACAAUAAACUUGAGACACCACUCUUGAAGGCCGCUCUUUUUGGUAGUGCAGCUACUUUCCACAAGCUCAAGCGGCAAAACCGUGACGGCGUCCAUCACAGAACUCUCACUGGGGCCAGUGUUCUUCACUGUGCAAUAUUGGGCAAUAAUCCAGACCUCGCUUUGGAAAUAGCACAAGAAUUUGGAUUUUUGAUUUAUACUAGAAAUUUGAAAGCACUGACCCCGUUACAACUCAUAGUCACCAUUCCACAAGUGUUUCGAAGCAGUUUGGAGUUGGGGCCGGCGGAAUCAUUUCUUUACACAUUCAUUCCAUUGGAUAGCCAUGAUAAAUCCAACCAACGUGAAAAAAAUAUAGAUGACGAGGAGCUUGGCAAGUCCAUCUCGCACCAUUAUUGGGUUGAGAGUAAUGCUAAAAGCGACAAACUUUUUGAAGCAUCAGAGGCAAUGUCCAAAAGAAAAUUUGUGAAAAAAUAUCAACUAAUAUGGUACUUUUUCUAUGUAGCGAAGCUUGUUGGGCUCUACCUGGAUGCUUCUCGAGUGCGGCUCUUUAUUAUUUUCAUUUUGAAAAAAUUGUUCAACAGUAUAGAGGAACUUGAAAUAUUAAAGACAAACCAUGUACAAACCAUGAAGCUUAUUGCAUACCUUGCAAGAGAUCCGGAGUACUGGGAUUUCAUCAAUAAAGGAACGUUCAAGAAAAAGCAAACUGACAUGAAGCCUGAAAAUAUGAUUUUUAAGAGAAAAAAUGGUGACGAUGAUGAAAUUGAUAAGGACUUUGAUGAUGAGGAGGACUUUGAUGACUUUGAUGAUGAUGAUGAUGAUGAUGAUGAUGAUGAAGAGGAAGAAGAAGAAGAAGAAGAAGAGCAAAAAAUCGACAACCAAAAUACUCCAUUGGAUGGUUCAAAUAGAAGAACUACUAGUAGUCUCCACACGCACAAGGAAUUGGUUUCAUCUGAUAGUCUAAAUGAAAGAACUACUAGUAGUCUCCCAAAGGAAAAGGAUUUGAUUUUAGAGCAUGCAAUGAAUCUGAUUUCUGAGCAAAAGAAAUUGAUUUCGGAGCAAAAGAAUUUGAUAAUAGAGCAAAAUAAUUCGAUUAAAGAAUUCACGAAGCAAAUCAAAAGUAGCUUGCCAGAACCCGCAAAGAGGCAACUGACAAGAUGGGCUGAAUCACCUCUCAUAGUUGGUGCCAAGAUGGGGCUAUAUGAUUUUGUGGAACAAAUUUUGAAGGUAUACCCGCAAUCAGCUCAGUUCAAAGACCUGGAGGGGAAAAAUGUCCUACAAGUUGCAAUUAAACACGGUCAAGUGAAGAUUGUGAAGAUUAUAGCUGAGAUGAUAAAAGGACCCAAUCCGAUGUUACCAUCUUGGUUGUUGUCGGAUGUUACAGACGACGAGAUGAACAAAGAUGACGAGAUGAACAACACCAUCCUGCAUUAUGCUGCUGUAACAACCAUCAAAGACGAAGGGUUUGCACUACAGAUGCAGCGAGAGAUCAUAUGGUUCGAGACGGUGAAGAAGUUGGUCCCAAAGGAUAUGGUAAACAACAGAAAUGCAGAAGAGAAAACAGCUCAAGAGCUGUUCAACGAGAACCAUGCCGAGAUGAUGAAGAGUGGAAGGAAUCAGUUGAUGGACAUAGGGAAGACAUGCUCAGGUCUCCUUGCAGCAGUGGUGUUUGCCACUAGCUUCAACAUUCCCGGAGGCAAAGACUCAGACAGUAGAACUGGACCAUCUAACAACAACAUGACUAAUAGUACUAAAGGGAACCAUUUCAAUGAUGAGUCAGUGGGGUUCAAGGUGUUCAGUCAUGCCUAUGUGAUGGGGUUGUCAUUUGCGACUUGUUCUCUUCUUCUCUUCUUGUCAUUGCUGACAUCCAACUAUAGGCCAGAAGCCUUCAGGAAAGCACUUCCGACCAAGUAUAUAUUGGCAGUUGUGUCCUUCUUCUUUGCCUUGUUGACUCUUCUGGUGGCUUUCACAUGCAACAUAUACCUUAGUAUUUACGGAGGGGGGACACCAAAGGCUAAAGACUUGUUACCACUUGUCCUUGAGCUCACUGGUUUCCCAUUCUUGUGCGCCGUUGCUUUGUUCUUUGGUGGCUUUAGCCUUCGAUUUUCGGAUUUCAUCCUGAGGAUGCUCCACAGGUAAGUGCUGCUAUUCAUGCAUGCACGUACGUACCAUUGUUUUGUGUUAAGUUUGUGAUCAUGAUCGAGGACUGCUUGGAUUUGGGAUCAUGCAUGGUUUUAAUUGUUUUUAUAUGUUUUUUUUAUUCUCUUCUUUUCUUUGGAUUUUAUCAAUGAAUUGAGAGUGGAUUAUAUAUCAACAUGUGGGUUUUGAUAUUUACUAAUUUAUUUAAUUUAUUUUUUUAAAAAA